AUGCAGAGUUCCAACUUCACUUGCAUAUCAUCUAGCGAGAGCGCCUGUUUGGAACCCGAUGAAGAAGGAGAAGACUCCAUUUUCCUCUCCCUCUGCCCUCCCGGCCAACGCCACGCUUCCAUUUCCUCAAAAUACCAAAAACACCCUCAGAAUAACCCUACUCAUGGAGCUGCAGCUGUCACCGUCGCAAUGCAUAUCGGCCCGCCUCUUGCCGCCGCCGCAGACUCCACCGACGGCGCCGCCCGACCUGUUGACGGCCAGUACUGGAUUCCUACGCCUGCCCAAAUCCUCGUUGGACCCACCCAGUUCUCCUGCACUGUCUGCAGCAAAACCUUCAACAGAUACAACAACAUGCAGAUGCACAUGUGGGGGCAUGGUUCACAGUAUAGAAAAGGGCCAGAGUCGUUAAGAGGGUCAAAGCCAGCGUCUUCAAUGCUGCGACUGCCAUGCUAUUGCUGCGCAGAGGGGUGCAGAAACAACAUAGAGCACCCAAGGUCAAGGCCACUGAAGGAUUUCAGAACUCUGCAGACCCAUUACAAGAGGAAGCAUGGGGCUAAGCCCUUCAGUUGUAGGAAGUGUGGGAAGCCCUUCGCCGUCCGCGGAGACUGGCGGACCCACGAGAAGAACUGUGGGAAGCUUUGGUUCUGCAUCUGUGGCUCUGAUUUUAAGCACAAGCGGUCCCUCAAGGACCACGUCCGAGCCUUCGGCGACGGCCAUGCCCCGCAUACCGUCCAAGUUUGCGAGGUUGAUGACGACGAUGAGGACGACGUGGAUGAUGAUUGGGACAUUGAUAAAAAUAAUAAUGAUAAUAAUGAUAUUCUUCAUCAUCAUCAACGUGUAAAUGGAGGUCAAGGCUGGUCUAUUUUUCAUUAAAUUUUCAUAAUAAUUUCCA